AUGAGCACGCAAUAUAUCGAUGAAACAGCAUUUGUACAAGCUGAAGAAGGUAGAAAUAAUUUAAUGUUCCCUGAUGAAAAGCAACAGGCUCGUUUUGAACUUGGCGUCUCCAUGAUGAUUUACAGAUGGGAUGCUUUGGAUGUUGCCGUUGAAAAUAACUGGGGUGGCCCGGACUCUUCUGAGAAAAGGGAUUGGAUUACAGGUGUUGUAGUAGAUCUUUUCAAGUCUGAAAAAGUAAUUGACGUCGCUUCAAUAGAAGAGACAUUGCUGUAUGCUAUGGUUGAUGAAUUUGAAACCAACGUCGAAGAUGACUCGGCUUUACCAAUUGCCAUGGAGAUCAUCAACAUAUACAAUGACUGUUUUAAUGUAAAUUAUAACAAAGUGGAGCAGUUAUACUUAGAGUGGGAAGAGAAGCAAAAGACAAAGAAAGCAAAAAGAGUCAUUCACGUUGAAGGCGAUGAUGAUGAUGACAAUGACGAUCAAGACGACGAUGACGACGAAGAUGAAGAUGAAGAGAUGGAAGAAGCUAUGCCUGAUUUGGUAUCAACUAAACCGGAACCCGUUGUAGAUGAUGAUGGUUUUGAACUGGUUCAACCAAAGGGAAGAAGAAGACAUUAG